CAUUCGGUCACACUUCAGUCCGUUCCGCUGGCGACCGCCAGAAACCAAGAUGGCGCCCGUAUGUUUGCGGAUGAUAUCUCUGCGGCGGAUAUAAAUACGCGAGAAAAGAAAAAAAGAGAAAACAGUGUCGAGAAACGGUUACGGACGAUCGAGCGGUCGGUGACGAUCGAGUGUGAUACGCACCAUCCCGUCCGCGACGUUCGUCAACGUCGCCACGCGCCGCGAUUAACGUGUCGGUGAACGCGUCCGUCGUCCCGUGCCCGUCGUCGCGAUCCUUGUACAGCAAAGCUGAGCGGCGCGAAAGCCCCUGUCGGCAGUUUUUUUCGUGUUUUUGUCGCAGUUCAGGCAGACGCUUCCGCGAACGGUGCCCACCUGAGGAAUGCCAGAUCGGCCGCGGUCGGCAGAUCGGCAGCGCAGCGUGCCGCGUAUAACGAGUGAGGAGGAGCCGUGAAAAAGAAAAAAGAAACGACCUCGCGCCGCCGACGGCGACACGGCGGAGUUUUGCUCUCGUGGGGAUUUCCUCGCGAGAAGGUGAUCGCGGUCGCUAUUCUCCCGUGACGUAUGUGUGUCGCGAAGCUCUGCCAGACGGGUCGGUCGCCGCGAGUGUUUUCGUCGUCGUUGUCGUGUACGUCGUCGUCCACGUCGCCGUCCACGUUCCCGUCACCGUCGUCGACGUCGCGUCGCGAGUGCCGUCGACGAUCCCGAUGCGCUGUCGCUCUCCCCUGGAGGAUCAUCCCUUUUGGACACCUGGCGAAAUCAGCUGCUACUGCUGCUGCUACUGCUGCUGGGACUACUAGCCCGGCAGUUCUUCGCGAGGAUACUCUUCUGUUGAAGCGGUGGGGCAAGGAGGCGCCGGAAGCAGCCGCGAGUCCGGAAGCAUAGCGAAGAAGAUGGCCUUCAACGAGAAGGUGGACCCCGAGCUGAUAUUUACGAAACAGGAACGAAUCGGGAAGGGUAGCUUCGGCGAGGUCUUCAAAGGAAUCGACAACAGGACUCAGCAGGUCGUCGCCAUCAAGAUCAUCGAUCUCGAGGAGGCGGAGGAUGAGAUCGAGGACAUACAGCAGGAGAUCAUGGUGCUGUCGCAAUGCGACAGUCCGUACGUCACCAAGUAUUACGGAUCUUAUCUCAAAGGUACGAAGCUAUGGAUUAUCAUGGAGUACCUGGGUGGCGGCUCGGCCCUGGACUUGAUGAAGGCCGGUAGCUUCGAGGAGAUGCACAUUGCCGUGAUAUUACGCGAGGUGCUCAAAGGGCUGGAUUAUCUGCACAGCGAGCGUAAGCUCCAUCGCGAUAUUAAAGCGGCGAAUGUUUUGCUGAGCGAAAUGGGUGACGUCAAGUUGGCCGAUUUUGGCGUAGCCGGCCAGCUGACAAACACCACAAGCAAACGGAACACCUUUGUCGGCACACCGUUCUGGAUGGCACCUGAGGUCAUCAAACAGUCCGCUUAUGAUUCCAAGGCUGACAUUUGGUCUCUGGGCAUCACAGCGAUCGAGCUUGCGAAAGGGGAACCUCCCAACAGCGAACUGCAUCCCAUGAGAGUCCUCUUCCUAAUACCCAAGAACAAUCCACCGCAAUUGACCGGAAAUUACACGAAACAGUUCAAGGAGUUUGUCGAAGCCUGUCUCAACAAGGAUCCCGAAAACAGGCCGACGGCGAAAGAGCUGCUGAAGUUCCAGUUUAUCAGGAAAGCGAAGAAGAACUCGUACCUAAUCGACCUGAUCGACAGGUACAAAAAGUGGAAGUCGCAGCGCAGCGAGGAGUCGGAGACCGAGAGUGAGAAUUCGGACUCGGAGGAAUCCAAGCAAGACAGCGACAUGGACGAGCCGUGGAUAAUGACGGUGAAAGGCCCGCACGGGGUCAAAGGAUCCGUGGUGCCUAUGUUGCCACUGGAUGAGCAACCAGCAUCCCUGACCAUAACACAUACGAACCACAGGUCCUCCAAUCACAGUCAACCGAGCAAGCCGCAUGCGAACGGCGCUCCGCGAUCGCCCCCGAAGGACUCUACGCUUAAUCAUUACAGAAGCGAGUCCAGGGACUCGUUGCGCGAUGGUCAACCGAAACACACACCGUCUCGGCCGCAUGAAGCCGCGCCACCACCGCCAGUAGACACGAGAGAGAAGCGAGAAGAGCGAGAUUAUCGCGACUCCAGUCGAGAUUCCACGCUUAGAGAGUCGAAGGAGAUGCGCGACAGUCGCGAGAGAGACAGGGACGGUGUCAGAGAGCGAGAGCGGGACAGAGAGAUCAGAGAUCGGGAUAGAACCAGCAGAGACUUUAAUUCGCGAGAGAAGAGGAUAAGAAAUAGUAAGCCGGAUGUUCCCGUUGUUCCGAUGGCCGAUCACAGACCUGGCGAGGAAAAGCAGAGGCCCAGGAGCUCGCAGGAGCUCAAGCAUCCCCGAAGCGUCGCUUUGUCCGGCGUUGUUAUGCCUCUUCUUUCCGAGCUUCAACGAAAGCAUCAAUAUUCCGCAAGAGACAAUAAUGGCGAAGGCGGUAGCGGUGGCAAGAAUGGCGGUGCUAUAGAAGAAUUGCGAAGCGCCUUCGAAUCAGCGGAACGCACGUCGCCGGGCAUGACGGAGUCCCUUAUCCGCGAACUGAUUAAAUCUUUACUUCCGCCGAAUCAUUCGGAAGGGCGCCUAUCUAUGCUAAUGGAAAAGGUUAUUUUAAGGGAUACGUAGGGACGCGAGAGAGCGAGGGUCCGCAAAAGAUUGUGGUCACAGAACAUCCUGACAUUGUAAAAGCAUUCGUUAUUUCUUCUCGAAUAUCAACUCGCUAAUCAGCACAAGCCGAGUUCGAUGAAUGACGAUUCCGAACGUGAACGUGCGAGGAGAAUAUCGCUUGUUAUUUCUCCCAUCUCCUCCCCGCUCUUCCUCCCCACGCUGAUUUACAAAGACCGUAUUACAACGAAGUCUAUCGAGUUUUGCGAAGUUUUAUGAAGUAGUCUACUGAAUCGCCCUCAUUUCCAUCUACCUACCUCGCCGUAGGAUAAAAACACAUAGACGCGCGAAGCGUUGUGCCAGUAUUCUUGCAGUUCCUACUCGUCUAAUUGUCAUCGAUCCUUCCACGUGAGUUUUUUCGAUUGAACAGUUCUACAUUCGCAUACUUCUCUCCGUGUCAAUUCAUCGGCCGACAGUUUGUUUGAAUCGUAAAUCAAUUUAUUAUUACGUUUUUUUCCAAUUGUAACUUUGUAGAUUUUUAAUUUUAAAUACUUAUACAUUUUUAACUAAGAAUCAUAUACCUUGUAUUACGGUAAAUGUAAAAUUUAGUUUUAAGAUUAAAAAUAUAUUAUUUUUAAAAUUUGCUAGUAAGAUCGAACUGUCGGCCGAUUUAAAAAUCUUAGAUAGCGAGACACAUUCUUCAUUGCUAGUAGAUUAAUUGCAGAGAAAACAUAGAAGACGUGUUGGAUUUAAUAGCACCAAAAAAUGUAACGCUCUAGCAAUUUAAUGGCGAUGAAUUACGAGUAGAGAAAGGCGGAAGAUAGACGGUAGCGUAUUUGCAAGAAGGCUGAAACCUCCAUUAUGUGAUAGCCUAAUAUCUUUGGAACCUUCUUCAUGUUCGGCGUGUACAUCGAUCUGACGAUACGACAACAAACUGAAACUGUACAGACUCGGCUAAGCGGAUAGAUGAAAAGUACUCGAUGACUUGGUCUUGCCUCAAGUAGUAGAUACGUCCGCAGCAUGCACUAACGAGAUAUAUACCGAGCAUACAGACGUGAUCUACGUAAAAAGACAGACUUUUGAGGCUUCUGUGCAGCUUUAAAAGCAGCGCUUUUACUAAUGUGUUUACAGGCAGAAUAUUUAUUUAAUAGUGUGUUUUGAUGAGAGAAGAUUCUGUAGCAGUCGAGCAAAAGAUAAAAAAAUGUGUUCUCUGAGUAGACUUCUUCCCGUUGCUUCCUACGCUAGUGCACGUUUCGGACGCGAAAGGAACAGGUUCACGAAGAGAGCUCUAGCGCGCAGUGCUAGAGAAAUUGUAAAUAUGUAUGUAGCGCGAUAAGAUAGUCUUAUUGUUCUGAUCGACGUCUUUGCCAACCGGUCGCACAGCUCCGUUAAACGAUCUUGUUACCCUCGAAGAGAAAACAUUCCUUUCCCUUACCACAGUCAUUGUUCAUCAUUGAAAGAAAUGAUAGACGUAGGCUAUAGGCGAUAUUGCCGUUACAAAUUUAUCGAGAAAGCUUUUAUCGUUUUCGUUGGUGUAGUUACCGCUUGUUGCGUAAAAAUUGCAGGUGUAAGCCGUUACAGUGUUUCAGCAGCCGUACGCGACGUAUAGUAGCGUUUAAAUAUAUAAUAAUUAAUUUCUAGUUGUAAAUCUCACUUGGAAAUCGUCGAGAAACAGUGCUACUAUAGAACUCUAUCGUCUCUCCAGUAUAUGUACGUCCGCGAAAGACACUUCGAUCUUUCCAUCGCGCCUUAAAAUAUCGCAUACGCGUCAUUAACUUAGAGUAAUAAAACGGAGCCGUUCCACGUUAACGUGUUAUUAAAACCGUUCGUGUAUUUUUGCCGGAUUGUAGAGCGUAGCGAUUUCGCCAUUUCAUAGUUCGGGAGAAAGAUGCUAGCGUAAAAGCGCCUUUUAUAAAAGUUUCGAUUCCUCGAUUGUACAAAGGUUGACGUGGAACGACUUGACAAUCCAGAUCCAGAUGGAAUUUAGUACACGAGGAGGUACGAGGAGAGUUUUUCGAACUUUAAACGUGCAGCGCGUUCGAACAGUAAAGACCGGAUAUAUAACGCGGAAUUUGAGUACUGCCGUUCUUCCAAACCUGACGCAUUACACACACACACACACACGCGCGCGCGCGCGCGCGCGCGUUUCCCGAACUCCCUCCUUUAUUUCCACGAUCGAGUCUGAGCUGCGAUGACUCCCGCGCAGGGCGUCGACACUUAAUCCACGUUGUUUGUAAACUAAUGUAUUUUAUAAAGUAUAUUAUAUAGAGAGAAGAAAAUUCCACACACGCGUAAAAGAUAGAGUUAUAGGGAGUGUCAUCAGCGGGGUGGUCGGAGAAGAAAAAUCUUACGAUGCGAAGUGCAUUUCGACGGAAUUCAAAGACCAUCCUGCAUACGGUGAUUUAAAGGGAGAUACAAGAGGGUGAUAGAGCAAGAGUGAGAAAGAAGAGGGACAAAAUAAUCCAUCGCGAGUUUGUGAAGGGGAUACGUCAAUUAACGGCAAAAAUCGAAAAGCAAAAAUGGCAAAGAGACUUAAUUAUCGCUAUCGAAAAUUAUUGCGCCGUACAGUUUUAUUUAUUUCUCCUUUUUUUUUUUUAAUUGAGUUUGCUUUUUAUUCGGAUAAUUUGAUAAGAAACAAAAAAAAUCAAUGAAGUAUUAAAAAAAAUCUCUGCUCUACCACGCCUUUUCUUUUCCUCCGUUUUGUUGACCUGCCGCCCGCCUAGAUGAGGAAUAAGUCAGAAUAUACGAUAAUGUAUUCAAUUUUACUUUUAGUUGAGUUAAUUAUUCAUUUACGCUGUAUUGUUAAUGCGGUCAUCUUGUGUCAAUUGAUCAAACGAUUUUUUCAGUUUCUCGUCUUGAAUCAUGAAAAAAGAAAGUCUUUUACGGCGAUCGAAAAAACCGCUUGACAAGACGACAUGGUUUGACUCUCAAGAGAUAGUGUCUUAUUGUUAUUACAUCGUUUUUUUUUCUUUUUUUUUUUGGGUUAAGUUUUUUUUUAUCUUUAUGGCGAUCGCUACCCUAAGUAGGCCUCAUAAACGCUGCCAUAAAUGCUUACCGGUUACACCUACGCGCUAGCAUCGCUACGAAGGCGUCGCUGCGUGCCGAUUUCGAGGACGGGAACUUAUGGCUGUGUAAGCAGUAUGUUUGUUAGAAAGAAUUAUCGAGUCACACAUGAGGAGUAGCGAUCGAUUUUUUAUAAUAAAACGUAAUGAUCAUUCGUCUGAUUGAAAACACUUUUAUUGGUCGUCGAGAUGGCCAGAAUUGUAUAUGCAGUAUGUACGAAAUUAUCGUCUAAGAGUAUUAAACCGUCAGCGAUAGGGUUGGACGAGAUUCAUGUAUCUGUAACGUGUUGCAAUUUUAAAUAGAGAAUUAUUAUUUACACAAUUUUUUUUUUAUAUUCAAAUAAAUCUGUUAACUCUCGUAUUUACGCAGCAAGAUCAAAAUAUAUCGUUUAUACGAUUUCUUUUUAGUUCUGGCGGGUCCAACGUUGCCACUGGCGGGAUAUUUUUCACAUUAUUACUCCCGGAUUAAGCGUGUCGGCGACGCAAUUGGAUUUUGUUGUUUAUUUUACGGGGAUAAAAAUGAAGGUAAUACGUUUAUUCUUUUGUUCUCCAAUCGGCCGAAGAAGUUCCGAACGCGCUUUAGCCGGGCGGACUUUUGCUCGGAGUGCGAUAAGAUACGGCGAACUGACGUGAUUAGAUGAUCGUUCGGCGAACUGUUUGCGGAAGAGCUUUCCCGAGAAUUCGGAUCUUUUUAUGCCAUACUUAACCGGCUAGGAAAUUUCUGCGCUUUCGUUGAGUAUGUUUCGCGGCAAAACGUGCGAGGAUAUCGGUCGCUAAAUUGUUCUCCUAUUUCUCUGUGUACGUAGAUUACGAGCGAGUUUAACGGCGUCGAACUGUGAUUUUCGAUUUUCAGGAAGCUCGUUUGCUUUCUUUUAGUUUGUACGUUUAUACGGUUGACCGAGUGAGAGUUUUUAUCAAUCGAGAUGGGUAAGAGACGAGAUGAUCGGCAAGCGCGCGAGGAUCCGCACGCGAUCCGCGCGAACCGCACCACAUUCAAUCCGAAUUACGUGUCCUACCGUAUCCACAGCACUCUUCUUUGUAUUAUACUCUUAGCUACUAUCCAUCUAAUAUAUUCAACGUUAUAACACAUCGUGGUAACAAUAAUAUCUCUCGGCGUAGAGUAUAUACAUAUAUAAAUAUAUAUAUAAAUAUAUAUAUUUUUUGUAUUUUACUUCUCUACCUUGGCUGCGUUGGACUGUAUUAUAUUGAUUGUAUGUGGCAUGCUGAGGGCGUGUACAAAUACGAAAUAAAGAUUAAAUAAACCACGAA